GUAAAAUGUACCGUUAUGUCACGUUAUAUGCAAAACGCUACCCCAGCUCGUUUGGCACGGAAAAGAAGGCCCGAUUAAAAAAAUGAUCCCUUGAUGUUUUGCUUUUGACUGAAGCAUCGACUCACUCAAGUUGUUUUCUCUCAAUGCUGGACUAAAGAGCGAUUUCCAACGGUGUCUGGUGUGGGAGGUAUACACCGACCAUCGGCUCCAAAUGCAGCGUUCAAAGAGAAGCGAUGAAGCCGGCCGAUGCGAGACUCGACUAUAAACAAGGAUGGCCGGGAUUGGGCUACCAUACCGGGACAUGCAGACGCAGAAGUCGGCCGGAAAACUAGAAAUGUUCAUCAGGAGAGCUCUCCCAAACAAGCCGAUGAAGAUUCCUCCUUCCUCCUUUCCUUUUCCGAUACCCCCAACUUCCCCAUGUCGAAUUAUUUUCAUUUUAACCUUCAUUUUCUUUAGUUCUCUCAAUUUCUUUCUUUUAUGGUAUUUGGUUUGGCUUGCAAAUUGCGCGCAUGCGCGGCGGCUUGGCGUUUAUUCUCUGUGAGAUGUUUUGACAAUCAUUUUUUAACAUUGACCCAUUUUAUUUGCCAUUUCCAUUGUAAAUCAAACAUUUCGUUGCAAACGAGCAGGAAGGUAAGAUCAAUCAUUUAUAUGAUUCUUGAUUAGCAUUAUAUAAGACGUUCGUCGUAAUAUAUAAUAAGCUAAAAGUUUGAUCUCGAAACAAAUUAGAAAGACGCACACGAAUAGCUCAUAUUGGUGUCCCAUUAACCUGUACCUCAAUUUAAAUUGACGUUAUUGUCUUAAAUAAACUACCCUACUUAAAAAAAAAAAGAAGCGAAAAACACUUGGAAAAAUACUAUUUGAAAAACAAAGUCUUGACUGAUACAAACCUCAGAUUGUUCAUUUUAUAAAAUUAAACAGUUGUCAUAUUAAUGAGGUUAAUGUUUUUCUUCUGAAAGUGUUGCAUAAUUAAUUAGUCAUUCAUUAUAGCUGUUCGUUAUUCAUUUUCAUUUAUUUGUAGCUGUUUGUUAUGAAUCAUGCAUUAUUCAUUUUAUUACAGCUGUUGGAACGUGUUUCUUUGGACCUUGUGCCAAUGGUGCUUGCAUUGAUGACUCGGACCUGGUACAGUACACGUGUGAUUGCACCGGCUCUGGGUACGAGGGAACUCUCUGUGAAACAGAUGUGGAUGAAUGCAUGGUUGGGACGCAUGACUGUGUAGAGACUGGAAGCUUGUGUAACAACACUGUCGGAUCGUUUGAAUGCUACUGCGACUCAAGAUAUGUAACUGGAGCGGACGGGCAUGACUGCAUUGAAACUGAUGAAUGCAGUGAUAACACAGAUGACUGUGAUUCGGUCGCCACCUGCACCAACACCGUUGGGUCCUUUACAUGCGCAUGCAACGCAGGAUACAGUGGAUCAGGAAAGACUGGCCAGUGUGCAGAUGAGGAUGAAUGCAGCCUCUCCACCCAUACCUGUCACGCAGACGCUGUCUGCACCAACACCCAAGGAUCAUUCACCUGUGCUUGUGCCUCAGGCUUCACCGGCGAUGGUCAAAGCAGCGGAUCCGGCUGCACAGACGAUGAUGAGUGCACGUUAGGUACUGAUAACUGCUUGGAUUCAUCCAGUCAGGGCCGCUGUGUCAACGCCCCUGGGUCAUUCAGCUGUCAGUGUGAGGCUGGCUACUCGGGCGAUGGAGUCACCUCCUGUACAGACGUGGAUGAAUGUUCUGGCUCCAAUGGUUGCCACCCAAGCCGUGCCGUCUGCACCAACACAGUGGGCAGCUACACGUGUGCUUGUAACUCAGGAUACACGGGGGACGGUCUCACGUGUGCUGAUGAGAAUGAGUGUUCCCUGGGCAGUCAUAACUGCUUGAUGACUCUAGGCCAGUGCAUCAACACGAUAGGUUCCUUCAGUUGCGGCUGCAUCAGUGGGUACACAGGGGACGGCCUGACUACAUGCACAGAUGUGGAUGAGUGCGUGACAGCUAACGACUGCAACCCUCUGGCAACCUGCAAUAAUACGGUCGGUAGCUACACGUGCACCUGUAUAGCUGGAUAUGAGGGCAGUGGCAAAGUGUGCACAGAUGCUAAUGAAUGCGUGUAUGGCACAGAUGACUGUCUGUCCUCCAAUGCGUUCUGCAUAAACACCGUUGGUUCUUGGGAAUGUUACUGCGAUGUCGGUUUCACCGGUGAUGGUGUAUCAAGUUGUAUUGAUAAUGAUGAAUGUGCCAACAACACGCACGGCUGCGAGCCAACGCUGGGUGUAUGCACCAACACGGCGGGUUCCUACACGUGCUCCUGUCAAGCUGGUUACGCAGGCAACGGCUAUAACUGUAUCGAACUCGAUGAAUGCAUAGGGGUGACGUGUAGCAACCGUGGAACAUGCCUUGAUCUCGUCGGCCUUUACCUGUGCAAAUGCGAUUGGAGUUUCUGGGGAACAGACUGCGAAUUAGAAUCCAAGUACACUGACAGCAUACCCCAGUACGCCGGCUCUCUCUGGUGGACGUUCAAUGAGCUCAACACCACCGGUGACGACAAGUACGCCAACCAGGACGUCAACGGGACGGCCUUCAACGCAGACCCCGGCGUGGCCGUCCAGAACGACUACGGUAUCUCCAACUACUCCAUCCAGACCCGGCUGAACGGCACCGAGGAUUGCCUGAACUUUGGCGACUUCUCCGGGCACUGCGUCAGCGAGCCGUCGCUGUGCACCGACGGGCUGACGGUGUCUGUCUGGAUCCGACUCACAGAAGAUGAAGUGACGGAAGCUGGGCCGGUAUACAUUCUCAGCUCAGGUCCCCCCGACUCUAUAGGUUUCAGUAUCUACCGAGACACAAGGAAGAUCGGCUUUGUGCUGAAUGACGGAACUACGGAAUGGUCGGCUGAGAUCACGGAUGGCGUGCCCGCUAACUUGUGGAAGAAUCUGGCUUUUGCUUGGAGCUCUACGACAGGGAUGUCGGUUUUCAUCGAUGCCGUGAGGCAGGUAGACGUCACGACCGGUUCCAACAACCCCUUGGCAGCCGUUGUCAACUAUCUGACCCUGGGUUGCCGGCACAACGGAGCCGAAAACACGGGCCACUCCUCGGGGGUGUUUGACGAGAUGGCCUUCUGGAUGGAUAGGUUCAAUGACUCCUACCAACUGCCCUGGUUGAUGGGAGGAUGGGAUAAAGAUGAUUGCGUAACUGAGCCAUGCGUACAUGGUCAAUGCUUUGACACAGGCAUGGCCUCCUACAGAUGUGACUGCGAUCCUGGUUACAACGGCACCAACUGUGAAAUUGAAAUUGACGAAUGUGAAUCCAACCCCUGCCAGCAAGGAGGGACAUGUACCGACUUCAUCGCCUACUACCACUGCGACUGUGUCUUUGGCUAUACUGGUCAUAGCUGUCAUCUGGAUUUGUCGCCCAACUAUGACUACGCAAAUGUGGUGACCCUCUUUCCAAGAUUGUUGGUGACGGAUGAAGUCCUUGGUCUGGAUGCAAUCCAAGUCCACCCCUUCCACCUCCUGGCCACCUACUACUGGCCCUUGAAUGACCCCUCCAGCAUCCAGAUCGCUGGCAGUAACUACUCGGCUAUCCUAGGCCGGGGCCAGUCCGGCCUGUACCCUCUCCUAGCCUCCGAUGACUCCUGGAUCAACCUGGCUAAUCUGACCGGUGACUGUCUGAGCGAUCCCGGGUACUGCAUGGACGGGCUGUCGCUGGCCCUGUGGGUCAGGCUGUAUGGGAUGAGCUCAGGAGCGGACGGGAUCGUACUGAGCACAGCGUCGACUGAGAGUAACGGACGAGUUGGCGUGUCGAUCAUGCUGAAGGCAAAUAAUGACAUGGAGUUCAGAGUUGUGGAUGGAGUCAACCCAGCCUGGGUCCUCCUGAUCAGCUCAGCUGACAUCGUCUUCAACAACUGGUGUCACCUGGCCAUGACCUGGCACCCAGACAUCGGCCUCGCGGCCUACAAGAACGGGGUCAAGGUCACCAACGCCAAACUAAGCAGGGAACCAGUUGGCGACACCAACAUGAUGGACAGUUUGACAAUUGGUUCCAAGUACAAUAACGAAACUGUGACUGGUAUUCAGAACAGUAACGCAACGGCGACUGCGUUCCCCAUGAGCGUCAGCGACGUCGUGUUUUGGGAUCGUCAACUCCGGGACUGGGAAGUCAAUCGAUUUCUUGGUUUCACAUGCCGAGAGGAAGAGAUCGCAAGCUUCGCUGACCACUACUGGGGCAUCGACGGCUACGCGCGACGGGACAAGUCCACCCUGGCCAGCUACCAGGAGCCUUACGCUAGUCAGUUCAAGGAGCUGACCCAGGCAGGGGAGGGAGACGUAGUCCUGGCCCCUAGCUGGGAUGCCAAGGGGAACGCGGUCAUGGUGUACGGGGACGGCAGUGGCUGGCUCAUGCUAGGUGACUUUGCCGAGCAGUGCCUGAGUGACGUCAGUCUCUGCAGGGACGGUCUGUCGGCCUCACUCUGGCUGCGACUGGUCCAGGUCCAGGACAACGAGACUCAUUUCCUGAUCUCCUCCGGAGAGCAAGCCAGCCGGGGUUUCUCCAUCUACCAGCGAGACGUGGACCGGCUAGGGGCGGCGGUGACUGACGGUAGGGUCAGAUGGGUGGUGGAGAUAGAGCACACUCCUUACAUGACGGAAGAGGCCACUGUCUACAAUGUCGACUUUAACACCAAUUAUACCGAAUUCACCGGCCCCUGGAUCAACCUGGGCAUUUCAUGGACCAAGAGGGACGGCCUGGCCUUAUUCAUGGACGGCCGGCUGGUAGCCAUCGAUCCAACCGGUUACCGCAAGUAUCGCAACACCGACGAGCAGAGCAAACUCAUCCUGGGCCGGCGGAACGACUUCCUGGACAACGCGGCCAACUUCACAUUCGAGGAGGUCGCGAUCGUGGAGAGACCCAUGGACACGUUUGAGUAUCGGACCAGGCUGGCUAUGAUCGAAAACAUCCAUUACUCCGAUGCGGCAUAUUUCUGGAAUCCCAACGACCUGGUCGCCAACACUUUCAAGGUUCUGUGGGAGCAUACUUACAAUGACACAGUGGAAGCUGUCAGAGCUUCGCGGACCGUCACCAUGCCUGAUGCCGACACGGUGGACCUCACUGACGAUGACUCAUACAUCAUUCUUGGUGACUUCAGAGACAACUUUGUCAGUGACCCAACGUUGACCUCCAGAGGGAUGAGUGUUGCAUUGUGGGUCAAACUUUCAAUCGACACAGCAGCCAACGCAACCCGCAAAUACAUCAUCAGUUCUGGGUCGCAAGCACUAUCCACUGGCAUCGCUAUCUACACUCUUGCUGAUGAAUUGACUUUCCUUAUCAGCACCAAUGAAACCACAUGGGAGACGACAUAUUCAACCAGUGUCAUACCCCACGACACAUGGGUCAACAUAGCCUUCACCUGGCACCUCUAUGAACCCUUCGCUGUUUACAUCAGCGGCCGCCCAGUCACCCCUACCUCAUCCGUGAUGUCACCGGCUAGUAUCAACCAAUCCCAUCCCUUGCUUGCCUUGGGAAGGAGAAACGACAUGGUCGGCGGCUCGGCUGAUUACAAGAUCCAUUCCUUGGUCAUCUGGGAUAAGUAUGUCUACCAGAAGAACGUUCACAAACUCUUGGGUGUGUCGGAGGCUGAGCUGUACUACUUCCAUCAAGCAGAUUACUACUGGUCUCUGGACCCGCCCCUGUCCCUAGUCACUACCCUGACCGCGAUCUCUUCCUCCGGUACCUCCUACGUGGAUGACCGCCACCGCUUUGCACGCAGCUUGUCCACAGACGGCAAGGAGGGUUGGGCUAGCCUGGGUACCCUAGGGAGUAGCUGUCUGGCUGACCCUUCCACCUGCGUCAACGGCUUUGCCCUGGCUAUGUGGAUCAAGUUCAGCGACAUACCUGCACGGAGGGAACGGUGUCUGUUCACAAGUGGUGCUGAGCUGACAAAUGAGAGAGGCAUCGUUUUCCGUCAGACCCCAGAUGAUCUCCAGUUUCAGGUCAGUGACGGCAGCGACACGUGGUCCCUGACUUUCUCCGAGGACAUGUUCACGUUCAACGAGUGGCAGUAUCUAGCUAUGGUGUGGUCACCAACUACCGGCCUGGCCGUCCACGUUAAUGGCAUGAAUAUUGCAUUAAAGUCUGAAGGCGCUAGAGAUAGACGCACAUCCGCCAGCUACUCUGACUUCACACUCGGCAAAUGUGCUGACAACACAAACUAUGCCCAGGCGUACUACGAUGACAUAAUCCUAAUACUGCCCCCUAUAGGCGAGUCUCUGCCAACUGCCGCUCAACUGCAUGGAGAUCCAAUAUGUCAUGGAUUCAUAUCAUCAGACUUGUAUUUCAAUCUGACAUCGAGCUCGAGUGGGGUAGUCUCAUCAAACACUCAGCCCUCAGUCCGGGGGGAGGGGGAUGGAAGUACAAGAGCUGUCUCAACGCAUCCUGGCAGUGGUUAUGUAGACGUCGGUGACUUCAGCGGUCACUGUCUGAGCAGUCCGUCCCUGUGCCCCUCUGGUGUGACGUUGUCUGUCAUGGUCAAACUGGUUGACAUGGACAAUCUCCUGGACCUUGCUACUAACCCAGAAGGAGUGGGAUACAUCCUCAGUUCUGGUGCACAAACCAACCUGUCCACUGGUUUCGCCAUCUACGCCGAUAAUACAACCGUCACGUUUGAGGCCCACGAUGGCCUGCAGCAAUGGCUUUCCCAGGUCCAGUACAGUCUCACCGACAACUGGACCAGCAUUGCGAUGUCUUGGGACUUGGUGUACGGCAUCACGGCAUUCAUCGACGGAGAGGUCCAGAUGGAAAUCGCCGAACCCACCACCACACCAGGCCCCGAGACCACACCUGGAAGUUUCAACUCCAGCUCCAACGGCACCGCUAACGCGGCCACCCCCGGCCCUAGCCUGGCCCCACCCACCCCCAGACCCGAUGCCAACACCCACCUCCAUCUAGGCAAGAGGAACGACAGACCAACAGGCUACCUGAGAGCAGAGUUUGCUGACUUUGCCGUCUGGUUCUAUCGGAUGGAUGCCGAGGAUCCGGAUGUGGGCCGUCGAGCCGGGGGCCAGGAGUGCCCGACAAUAGUUGUGACAACCAAUCACGAAGAGCUGGACAAGUACUCUGUCUGGACGGGAACCAUUGAAUGCGAUGCUACCCAUGAAGUCGACUGCACUAACGACUUAGAUGAGCUGUUUGAAGUGGUAUAUUCUGAGGAUGGCGUCAAUAGCUACCUGUACGACACUGUCAUCCAGCGUCUGAAGAACUACACAGCCACAGAGAAGUACUUGACCAAGGAUGAGAUAGAGAUGAUGGCAAUUAUGGUAGACAAGGUGGUCCACAGAGAGCUCCCUGUAGCUAUGAACGUCAGCGAUGCACAAGUGGAUUUAGAGAACAUCUUGGAGUUGACAAGUAAUCUUCUCAAUGCGGACAGAAAGAGACGCUGGGUCAGCAUACAACAGACUCAAGGAGGCACCACUAAGAUGCUUAAAGACCUAGAGGACUACGGCAUGAAGAUUGCCGAUCUACUAGUUACGCCUGACGGUGAUCCCAACGACCAAGUCACCAUGAGUGUAGUCUCAGAAAACAUCAUGCUUCAUAUUGAACGGUUUGACAUCGGUUCUCUGGAUCCAGACAACGGUCUGCUCUUUCCCGAGUAUUCAGAUCCGGACCUCCAAUUCAUCAACCAAUCCUGGAAUCAACCAACAGAUAACAUCAAACUGCCCAAGAACUUCUUUGAUUUCACAACAGAGAAGACUGGAGGGGGCACUUUAGUAGGCCUUGUCUUCAACAGCAUCACUGAAUUCAUGCCGAUGGAAACAACAGAAAGUGAGCUACGAGACGAUGCAGAAACUGGAGCCAUGAAAUUGACUAGCCGUAUCAUUUCACUGACUGUCGAUCCUCCCCUGAGGAAGAACCUGUACAAUCCUAUUGAAAUCACCUUGAGCAAUGUUAAGGCUCGAGAGAGUAACAUGGAGCCCGUCUGUGCUUUCUGGGACUUUGAUAUGGCAAACACCAUCAAUGGAGGCUGGAGCACAGAUGGUUGUGAGGUCCAAUCCAGCAACGACACACACACUGUCUGUUAUUGCUAUCAUCUGACCAACUUUGGAACGCUCAUGAAGCCCAUUCCGAUGGAGGAGAUCAGUCAAGAUGUCAUCAAUCUGCAAUAUAUCUCCUGGGCAGGGAACGGUCUGUCUAUGCUAGCCUUAGUAUCACUGCUUCUCAUCUUCAUUUGUGUCAGCAAGCUACGUACCAUUGUGAAUGCUAUCCACGUCAACUUGAUCAUAGCCAUGAUGCUAGCCAAGACUGCAUACCUCGUUAUACCAGUCAUCAAGGAUGAUCAGACUGCCUGUACCUCCAUCGCUGUUGUCCUGCAGUAUUUCUACACAGCGACCUUCUCAUGGAUGCUGGUGGAAGGCAUCCAUCUCCUGGUGGAAGUCAAGAACCCAGUCGGCAACUACUUCAGACAAAAGUCUCGCUACUACCUCCUGAUUGGCUGGGGUCUGCCAGUAAUGAUUGUUGGUACCACGCUUGCCAUUGCCUUUGAGGGAUACGGAACUGAGGACAGUUGUUGGAUGUCCAUAGAGAACGGUGCCGUUUGGCUGUUUGUUGGACCCUGUGUCUUCAUCAUUCUGGUCAACCUGUGUAUUCUCUACAUCGUGUGGAAAAGCACUCUCACAUCCCCUGAAAGAAUUGAGAAGUUGAAAUUGCGCAGUUCCAGCCUUCGUGCCUCUGCCAUCCUGCUUCCAUUCCUUGGGUGUUCCUGGGUCUUUGCCAUCCUACACAUCAACUACAAUAACAUCAUUCUGGCUUAUUUCUUCACAGUGCUCAAUUCACUCCAGGGUGUCUUCAUCUUCCUGUUUCAUGGCCUUGGCAACAGGGAGGUUCGUUCUGCCAUCUUGAAGAAAGAUAUUGAAGUUGAAUUCUCAAGGGUGGAGCGGGUCUCAAUUACACCCAACAAUAUGCACAUGAGACCAUUGUACAAUAGAGCUCCUAGGCCAGCCCCUGCUUACGUCCCUUAAUUCCACAAGGAGAAACGCCCUGGUAGUCUGCUUGAGAUUGCAACAUUGUCACUUGAAGAUGUUGUUAUUUUUUAGUGCAAAAAUUCUAGAUUGACAGUUACACACCAUAACCGAUAAAUAAUUAUAAGAAGAGAUUUAUUGUACAUUUUAUAUCAAGGACAUCGUAAUACAUCCUGUUUUGUUAGCAUUUGAUGUAAAUAUGUUUCUUUAGAAUCUUAAACCUUUUUUUGUGUCUGCUUGAUUCCUGUAAUGAAAGCUGUUCAGAAAACCAACACUUGUUUCAGUUCGCAUUUUUAAUUAAUAUAUAAUUAACAAAGCAAAGCGUUAGAUGCUAAGAAAGAUUGAACUUCUGCAGUGUGCUGACCCAGCCUUUGAUAAAGCAGGGGUGUGUGAGUCACCACUGAUAAAAAAAAUCGCUGAAAACAGCUGAAA